UUAUUAUGAUUUAUCCCUAUCCCCUUCCCCUCCAUUCCCUCCACACAACCUCCCACCCGCUCACCAACGUUUCUCCGACGAUGGCCGCCGCAUCCUCCGCCGCCUUCUGUCCCUACGCCGGCGCCCCCUCGAGGUGCCACAACGGCGGCCUCUCUCCCGCCAACGUCUCCUUCCAAGGCCUCAGGCCCCUCGCCAAAAAGGCCGCCAGGGCCGCCUCCUCCUCGGCCGCCGCCGGGGCAGCAAGGCGAUCGGGGGCGAUAAGGGCGGAGCUGAGCGCGCCGGUGGUGAUAAGCCUGAGCACGGGGCUGUCGCUGUUCCUGGGUCGGUUCGUGUUCUUCAACUUCCAGAGGGAGAACGUGGCGAAGCAGGGGCUGCCGGAGCAGAACGGGAAGACCCACUUCGAGGCCGGCGACGUGAGGGCCCAGGAGUACGUGAGCCUCCUCAAGUCCAACGACCCCGUCGGGUUCAACAUCGUCGACGUCCUAGCGUGGGGCUCCAUCGGCCACAUCGUCGCCUACUACAUCCUCGCCACCACCAGCAACGGCUACGACCCCAAGUUCUUCGGUUAAUGACCCGCUGCUCCGUCGUGAUUUUGUCGGUCCCUCCCUCAAGUCAAGAACCCGUAUCUGUAUAGCUUCUCUUAUCUUCGAUUAGGCUGCUUUCAUGUCCAACUCCUCUUCUGUUGAAUCCUCUGUGCGAACCAUGAAGAUCCGCCAUUUUUUUUUUCUGCGAUUCAGUUCUCUAUGUUAAAGGUCCAGAAAUGAUUCCAUGAGUUUGGUGCCGGUCUGCUUUAUCUACGAACUUGUAUUGAAGUUUCGUC